UCCCCGAAUCUGCAGUUCUAUUGCAGGCAAAAGUCGAGCGGAGAGCAGAAGGGUAGAGAAAGUGAAGAAUGCUUGGGAUCUGCUCACGUGAAAAAUCAAACGCCUUGUUACCUGAAGGGCUGAUGGAUGAGCAGUUUGGCGGCAGUUGGGACGAUCGCCAUGUCAUCAUGUGUUUCGAGUCAGCCUGCUGCUGAGAAGACGCCUGUUUGCAGGGAUGAGCAGAGCAGCAUCACCAGAAAGACCAAGCAGCAGCAGCAGCAGCAGCAUCCCCCAGACCUUGUGUGCAGCAUCUCAAUACUGAACCUUGACGUUGGCAUGGAGUCCCUGAUUGUGGUCACUGACUAUGACCCGAGCUCGGCCGGGCAGGGCGAAGACAUGGACAGCUGCAAUCCCCCCGAGCAUCAACCUGACUGCAGCCGGCUCACCGAAGUGGGCGUCUCCGCGCCCCUCUUCAGGAACGAGCAGAACCAAGGGAGCCAGGAGGCCAGAGUCCGGCUCAACCUCUCCGACCGCAAACUAUCCCUGCAGGAACGCUCCCAGACUGCCCAGUCUCCGGGCAGCAACCCAGGGGUAAACGGACGCUACAUUUACCCCUCCCUGCCCUACUCGCCUAUCACCUCGCCCCACUCUUCCCCUCGACUGCCACGGAGACCCACGGUUGAGUCUCACAGAGUCUCGAUCACUGAUCUGCAGGACUGUGUGCAGCUCAACCAAUACAAGCUGAAAGAUGAAAUUGGAAAGGGCUCCUAUGGAGUUGUCAAGCUGGCGUAUAAUGAAGAUGACAACACCUACUAUGCAAUGAAAGUUCUCUCCAAAAAGAAGCUCAUGCGACAAGCUGGCUUUCCGCGCCGGCCCCCCCCAAGGGGUGCUAAAGCCGUCUCUGAGGGUCCCCCUCAGCCGAAGGGGCCCCUGGAGCGAGUGUACCAGGAGAUUGCCAUCCUAAAGAAGCUGGACCACCCGAAUGUGGUGAAACUGGUCGAGGUGCUGGAUGACCCCAGUGAGGACCAUCUGUACAUGGUGUUUGAACUGGUGAAACAAGGUCCUGUAAUGGAAGUUACAACAGACAAACCCCUAACUGAAAACCAGGCACGGUUCUACUUCAAGGAUUUGUUGCGGGGAAUCGAAUUCUUGCACUAUCAGAAGAUAAUCCACCGGGAUAUUAAGCCGUCCAAUCUUCUGGUGGGAGAAGACGGGCACGUCAAGAUCGCGGACUUCGGAGUCAGCAAUCAGUUUGAAGGCACGGACGCCCUGCUGACCAGCACUGUGGGCACCCCAGCCUUCCUGGCCCCCGAGACCCUGUCAGAGACCAGGAAGAAUUUCUCAGGCAAGGCGUUGGAUGUCUGGGCCAUGGGAGUCACUUUAUACUGCUUCAUGUUUGGACAGUGUCCCUUCAUGGAUGAGCGGAUAUUAAGCCUGCAUCACAAAAUUAAGAACCAGCUUGUGGAAAUGCCAGAGCAACGAGAUGUAUCUGAAGAGUUAAAGGACCUGCUAUUAAAAAUGUUGAACAAGAACCCGGAGAUGAGAAUCACAGUCCCUCAGAUUAAGGUCCACCCCUGGGUGACGAGACACGGGUCCGAGCCGCUCCCCUCGGAGGAUGAGAACUGCACACUGAUAGAGGUGACAGAGGAGGAGGUGGAGAACUCUGUCAAGCACAUCCCCAGCCUGGCUACAGUGAUUUUGGUGAAGACCAUGCUCCGGAAGCGAUCCUUUGGGAACCCCUUUGAUUGGAGCAGGCGGGAGGAACGGUGUCUGUCUGCCUCGGGAAACUCGCUCAUAAAAAACAAGUCAGGAAAUGUGAAAUACUGCUACAUUCACAGUAGCCACAGGAAGCAAGGCAGUGGGGACAGUAUAAAGAGCGCAGACCUGCCAGGUGUGGGGGAGGAUGAGGUCCUGUCCUGAAGGUGGCUGUCGAUUUAGAGAGCGGAUGGAUUGCCGCAAGUCUCCAAAGCACUGGAGGCUAAAGCACAGCUACUGCCAGCAGCGAGGUCUCAUGCAGUGGUUUGAAGGAGCCCCCAGUACAGUAAUCUGUUUGUGUGCAGCUUUACAAUAGGCAGGCGCCUGGCAUGGGUCAGUCCUUGUGGUUUGCAUGUUUUCAAAUACAAGAUAAACAUUUCAUCAAUGACCCAGACUUGUACAGCAGAUCAAUAUCUUACCUACUGGUGCAAAUUACCCCCACCCCCCCAGCAUGAACUGCUUUACUAUUUGUGAUCGAUAUAGGAUUGGAUCGCUUUAUAAGUGUACUACUUGCUGAGGCUUUUAAUAUAUUUAAGAAUUGUGGUUUAACAAAACCUGAUACUGAUAUAAAGGUGCAGUUUGAACAUUUGUUUCUUUAAAGUGUAUUUAAGAAAAAGGAUCUUGUACAGUGUCGUGUAGAAUCACAUGUUGGAUAUCUGCAUACAGUUAGGUAGCAGGAGCAGUUCUGUUAUUGUUGUAGCACACAAUAGCAUUCUUUAAGCGUUGUUGUAGAGUAUUGACGGUAUUUGUCAUUGCAUUUUGUUUUCCAUGUCUUAGCUUAUAGCUUUGCUGUUAAGUUUAACGGUCACUAUACAGUGGGUACAGUAAAUGUAUUUACUGCUUUCAAUCGUUUUAAUAAAACGGUAGUUUAGGCACUAUGCGAGUAGCCUAUUUUGAUCAAGUGCCACAUUAUCACUAAUCUGCUGAUUCCAGGUUCUUGCUACAAACCUCUGAUAAGCUAUUUAAUAUACUGACAGCAAUAUUGAGAAACCCCACAUACAUGUUAGUGUUCACUUGAUGGUGCUUCUUAUUCAGUUUGAAAACCAUUAACUCCAGCAUGGACUAACACGGACAUGUUUUGAAUACGAGCUGUGGCUGUUUUCACAGACCCCGAUUACCACUAAUCCUGGAUUUCCUAAUGUUACCAUAGGCUGAGACUAGUGUUAAUCAGGGUCUGGGAAAGUAGCCGGAAGUGAAAAGUGGGCUGAAUUUUACUGCAGUUUGGUUGAUGGUUUUAUUGAUUUGUGUGACAUACAGAGCAGCCUGGGGAAAAAAAAAAAAAACUAAACAAAAAAAAAAAAAAAAACACUUUUGAGAGGAAAAAAAUACCAAACGGUUUUACCUGUUUUGGUACAAGGGCUAUGUGACUUUUUUAAAUAGUCUUACUUUAAACAAGAUGGCCCUAUUUUAUCUGAGGGAAUGGAAUAACACAUGUACCAAUGCUUCCAUAACCAAUCCGCUACAUCGAUGCAAAAUGUUUCAAAUAGGAGCUUUGUGGCAACGACUGCUUUCAAUACACGCCUAGUACAUAUACCCUGAUUAACUGUUAAAUAGAACAAAACUGAAUCAAUCUCUAAUAUAUGAUAGUCCAGUAUUUUGUUAUAGUUCCAGUUAGAGUGUGUCGUAGUUGUUAGUUGCAGAUAAAUGGACUGAAACGUAUUCUGCAUGUUUUGCAGUUGAUUCUGAACCAGUCAGUUGAUUUAAAGUAAUGCUUCCGUUUGCUUUUUUUACAUUUUGUAAAUACCUUCUGAUUGACAAUUAAACAAGAGGUUCUGGGGGCUGAGGCAAACCAGAACCCUAUACAUGGGUAAUGGAAUGGAAUCCGAGUUAGGGAUAGGUAAGAAAAGCUUUGUUUAAAGCAGCCCAUUGUGAUCCAAUACAUGCUAUAAGUAUGUGUUUUAAAAUGUACUGGGCUUUAUUUAGGUGCAGCUGAAUCCCAUUAUUAGUUAAGGGUAGCCUGGAACGAGACAUGCUAUGUGAAUGGUUCAGUCCAUUGAUUAAGCCUUGCUCAACAAAAAGUUCAAUAUACUUCUCUUUCAGUCUCUUUACAACCUCUGUGAUCCUAUAUACUGUUUAACCUGUGCAUAGCCUGGGAACAGUGAAAGUGAUUUUUGUAAAUUCAGAUUCCUAGAAAAGUGAAAAAGUAGCAAUGGAACUUGUUCAAUCUCUGGAAUGUUAGGGAGGUGAUUCUUUUUUUUUUAUUAUUAUUAUUAUUAUUAUUAUUAUUAUAGUAGAUGUCGGUUAUUAGCAACUCUGAUAAAGACAACUUUAAGUUCAAUCUUUAAUGUUAAUGGAAUUCUGAUAUUAGCAACUGCACGCUGCUUAUUGACAGCUUUAUUACUAGUUACCAGUGCUACAGAGCACACUUGCAUGAUUUAUGCACAUACUUCAUGCAGCUUUUAUAAUACACUGCGUAUUUCUGGUAGACUGAGGAAGAAUCACGGCUUUGAAACUGGCUACGAAUCUGCACGCAAAAUUGAGAUGGAUUUACAGCGAGAGGUGGUACAUUGUAGAAAAGCAGACAACACUGGACAAUUUCUUAUUUUAAAAUGGUGUUCUUUAGAAUUGAUUUUAAGUACAAUACAUUUUUUUAUGCUUGCUUUACUCAUUGUAAGGACAAUUGUAGCGCAUCAUUGUGUAGUACUAUAUAAGCCUACUCCCUUUUUUGUUUUACACAUGCGUGAAGUAAACAGCUCUGUUUGGGUAUUUUGUGUUGGUCAUGUUCAUUUUUUAACACUAACAUUUAAAAUAAAUGUAUUUCAGUGCCAUGUUUGUACAAACUACAUUAUAUAUCAUUGUAACAUAUAAAUACACUUGAAAAACAGCUUUUCACUUAUUGGCAACUUUUUCUUGGGAACCAAGAGGUUGUUAAGUUAAUAAACUGCAUCUGCUGUAUUAUUAUUACAUUCUGAUUUAUAGAAUGUCUUUUUUAAGUGUAAAAUGAUUUGUGGAAUGGAAAGAAAGAAAGCGCAUCUUGUGUUUAGACAUGUUCAAUCAUUUUGAGUGGUUCUCGGUUUUGCAUUGAGAAUGGCAUUUCCCCUAUAAAGCGUCCUGUUGUGUUGGCCCCUGUGACACCAAAUACUACACACAGAGCAGGGUUCCCAGUGACAAUCCACCGCCACACCUUCUGCAGUGAGGACAUUGGAGACAGUAGGCAGUUCAUUUGACUGAAAGUUAGGUAGGCAACAGUGGUACUGAAAUUAUUCAAUCUUCAUAACCUAAUAUCAAAUCUGUAAGGAAAAAAAGCGACAAUUUUUCUAUUUUUUUUACUGUUAAACUCAUAAAACUUUACUAGAAAAUCCCCAACUGAUGGCUGUGGAAAGUACAUCCUUCUCCCCUUGAUAUCUUCUAAAGGAGCAGAGGGAGAGAAACUCUAGACUUUUAAGGUGAUGUUUAUGGAUGCCUUUGAGAGCACACAUAGGCCAUAAGCCUUGUUAUACUGCUGUAAGUUAUUGCUGUUCUAGUGUAGUAAAAUGGCUUUUCUUACUAUGAUAUGUAUGGACUGUAUUUCUUACUGUGCAUUUUAAUUUUACUGUCCGUUUCAGUAUGUUUUAUAUUGACAAUAUUGAUGCCAGCCUUCACUGAAGUAAAAUGGCAGGUGUAUUGGUUGUUAUUAUCAGCCCAGGGCUGCAGUAUUUGCCUGGUUUAAUAUAACGCAUGUAUACAGGCGGUUUAAAAUCACAGACCUAGGUAAUAUUAACCCGAUGUUGCAUGGUGUCCCAAACAAGAACACUAGGUCAAGCGAAGGUCAUUUAUCCUGUUUGACUGUUGACAAAAAAAAAAAAAACUGUACACUGAAAGAGGUACAUGCUGUGUGAUAAAUAUUCCAAACACGUCACACAAAGCUGGCUAUCUAGACCACCUAAUUCAAUUUCCAAUUUCACAAUGCAACAGAGGGUUAAAGCUGGUCAGUAAUAUAUCAACUUGCACACAAUCUUAACUCCAAUGAAAUAGUGUAAUGCAGAAUGCAAAGACAGAAAAAUGCAUACUUAAAAGCAAGAUCCUCCACACAGUGGUAACCAUUCUAGAACAUUGGUGUUCAAAUCAAUUAGAAUUGUAGCCGGGGGAGCACAGUAUCGUCAGCGUCCUUUGUCUCCGAGACUGUAGAGUAGUGCUUUGUCUGCUAACUGGAAAGCAGUGGAAAUUUAGAGACAAAAACAGUGAAACGCAAUACUGUACAAAAAUGCCACUUUGGAUGAGAUGUAAGGAAGGCUGCUGCAUGCAAUUCGUUCAUCUGGGUGUUGGGUAUUACUGCUCAUGUAUUUUGAAGUAAAACUUUAAAAAAAAAAACACUUAACAAAAUGUCUUGAUAUACUGUAGCAGUGUUGAAGAAGAUACAGCUGCCUUCCCACUCCAGGGUAUGGCACAAAACCAUAGUAGUUGCUAACGCUCAAGCGCAUGCUUCUUUCUUUACGUGAUAUCCUGUACUGCGUACACGUUUUAUAAACAGCUGUUGACCUCAGAGCAGUGGGUGAUAUGCACUACACAUGGCAGGGCUAGGAAAGGUCUUGUUAUGAAUUCUAAUAGCAAGACAACCUGCUACAGCUUCAUGGUGAAAUAUAUCCUAUUAUUUAAAUAAAGUUGCCUUCAUUGUA